AUGCUGGAAACUGAUACAUCGGCUCUAGAACAAGAACGAGUGGAAAUUUCACGCAGAAAAGAAGGCUAUUUAUCGCCAUUAGCUAGCUUCAUUUUUCCAGACUUCAGAGCACUAUUUAAUAUAGGGUUUAAUUCAUAUCCGAACUUGAAUUAUAAGGAGGUAGAUAUCAAUGGAUUUGAAAUUUACAUUGUUGAACAAUGGGCAGCGCAAAGAAAAAUAUCGACUCUGAUUACAUCAUAUACGGGCAAUUUACAGGACACCAUUUCUGCAGUUGAGGUUGUUCUUCCACAAGAUCCUGAAGAAUGGCCCAGUGGUCUGAAGAAAUACUAUGAUGAAUUGCUGAAAUUUUCCCGUCCCAAAAAAACUACGAAAGGGACACUGUUCAUUACAAAUCUCUCUUCUUUUAAGUUUACACUCAGUUUAUUGCACGUAGAAUGUGGUAAUCUCAAAAAAAUCUGGAAAAAUUUUAAGACGAAUUACGAUUUGAAAACGUUGCAUUGUGGUGGGCGUUCGGCUCAGUUGUUGAAAAGGACGCCUAGCGCUUCAAUAGCAAAGUUUGCUCAACUGUAUAAAUUUCCGAAUUCAGCAUUUGCUCAUGAAAUUACUUCCGAUUUCCAACAGGCUCUUCUUCAGAACGAUAAUCGUGACUAUGACGACCUAGAUGACAUAGAAAAUAUCACUGUUAACUACUGCCCAGUCGUGGAAUUGACUACUUUGGUACAAAUAUCUCUUAGCUAUUUUGCAUUGUUCGAAUAUAGGAAGGAGAGGGAUGGCUUAUUAUGUAAUGGAACGAAGCAGUCCCUCGAAAAAUGGUGGCAAAUAUAUGGGAAACGAUAUUUAGGCAUAGACAAACCAAAGAAUGAAACAAUUCUUGGUCCAACUACAGUAGCCUCGUUGCUCAGCCUCGUAUUGACUUGCUACUUUAAAUUAAUGGUGGAAGAUUGCAUGUCGGCGAAAGACCCAUUUGAUGAAGAUGAGUUUUAUUCUGGCCUUUAUGCCUUUCAAAAGAAAUAUGGACUUUCUAAAAAUCAUAGACAAACGUUUUUAGAUGAGCAAACAAUUGAUAAAUUGUUCGAAGUCUCCUCUAAGACCUCCAAUAAAGAUAUUUUUAAAUUCAAAAAAGUUGUGAAAUCAACAGUGCAAGAUAUGACUGGGAAAGGUAAUUUCAUGCAUUUAUCUAAUGAGAUUUUAACAACUGACUUAGAUACUUUAGUAAAGAAUAUACACGGUGGAUCUCUUGGGAUGCUUUGGAAAGGAAAAAGUGCAUCUAGAAAGGAAACAUGUAUGGCUUGGGAAAGAAAGACUUUUUUGAGCUUCAAGUUCAAACGUGGCGAUCCAGCAUUACAACUAGACAAUAAUGAGUUAUUUUAUGGAAAAUUAACACAUGAACCUUUUACAGCAGCUGAUAAAAAGGGAGAUAAUACAAAACAAACCAAAAGAAAUAGUACACAUGAUGUAACCAAUGCUUCGACAUCAUCGCUCUCUAUUUCAUCGAUGUUAUGUAACUAUGAUGAGAAUCGUUAUGCAAGCACUCAUAACAUUAAUAGAGCUUAUAGAAGAGAAUACUUCAGGCGUAAUUCGAUUCCGUUUCUUAGUGAUGGUAUGCAUGAUACAAAAAAAUGUUCCCUUGAUUUCAAUGAAGUAGAAGGACUGUAUCGUUGUAACUCAUAUUCUGAAGUACAAAAUGCAAUAGAAACCUGGAAACUGCCCUUUGAUUCUUCGGUGGUCAAAUUAGCACGAGAUUUAUUAAAGAUACAAAGUUUGUUAUCCGUUCAGCGUCAGCUCGAUGAAAUACGUGAUGGAUACUUGGGGAAGGACUCAGAAAGAUCCUAUCAAGAUAAUUUAAGGUUCAAAGAAAGCCUGAAUAAGUUACAAGAUAUGUGCGAGAAGUGUAAGAAAGGUUCAAACGAGUUCAAUUGGGAAUAUACUAACACGCAAAACAAACAGCAACUCUUAGAGAACGAGAAAAAAAAUAUGAAAUCGCUCUCUUCGAAACUAAAAUAUAAUGUUCGUAUUUUGGAUAGGCGUGUGAGAGAUGUUGAAACCAGUGUUGAUCAUUUUGACGGAAAGUUGGAAGGUGUUAGGAAAAAACUUUUGGAACAAAAUAAAAGUAAACAGAUUUCGAUUGCCUUAGAAAGUCCUUAUGAUAAGCUUGAAUUCGAUAGCUUCAUGGACUCUAUGGUACAGUCUGAACAAACAAAGUAUGAAGGGCUCUGUUUCAAAAUCCUGGAUAAAAAAAGUCUUGGAAAGCUAAAAAAGGAACUUUGGAAAUGGAGUACUUGGACGUUUGAUACCUUCCUAUUUAAAAAUAAAUCCAACAAAGAAAAGGACAUGUUAUAG